UAAAAAGUGGUGGGAAUCGAUAAUUUUACUGUUAUUACUACGAACAACAAAACUCGUGUACUCUACCGACUACUGAAGAACGAGUUACCGUAUUCCCGUCAGAGCUUCAGUUUAGAUCUUGAAAUCCAACUGAACCGAUCUCAAGAUGAGGACUCUUGCGAUGUUUUCUCUCGUAAUUGCGUUAGCAAUUAGCGCUAGAACUAUGGCUGACGAAGCGGAAGUAACUCCUCUUCAAACCAUAGCUCGAACCACUUCCGCGUUUGCUGCUAAAUUUUUGAAGGAUGUAAUAAGCGACAAUCCCGGCAACUUGAUCUGCUCUCCGUUGAGCUUACAAACUCUUCUGACCAUGGCUGCUUAUGGAGCCAGAGGAGAUACCGCGGAUGAAAUGCGGGGAGUUCUCAGUCUGCCCGAGGACGACCAGCUUGGCCAGGAUGGCUACAAGGCUCUCAUCGAAACGUUGAAGAGCAUAGAAAAUGUUACGGUUGAUCUGGCCAAUAAGAUGUACCUUGCGGAAAAACUUCCUGUAACACCUGAAUACAAGGCCAUUACCGCCAAUUAUUUUCUGUCAGAAAGCCAAUCACUCAAUUUCACUAAUGCGCAGGUUGCCGCAGAUACGAUAAACGCAUGGUGCGAAGAAAAAACCCACCACCGAAUUAAGAAGUUGAUAGAUCCAGUUAUCCUCAAUGAAGACACAGCAAUGGUUCUUCUCAACGCAGUUUACUUCAAAGGUGAUUGGCAGACAAAAUUUAAUCCAGAAGACACUCAAGACAGACCUUUCCACGUUGAUGGAGGUACCACAAAGAACGUACCAACAAUGUACAUAAAGCACAGGUUCCAAUUGGCUGAUAUUCCUACUCUGGACGCCAGAAUCAUCGAGCUACCAUACAAAAAUGACGAAUUGAGCAUGGUGAUAAUUUUGCCAAAUGAACCUAAUGGGCUGCAAAAGAUUGUCGCCGAUUUUGAUAAAGUAAACGUAUCUCAACUUCUGGAUGGCUACGGCUACAGAGAAGUCAAAUUAUACCUCCCAAAGUUUAAGAUUGAAAGUACUUUACCUCUCGAACAUCAACUGCAACGGUUAGGAAUGAGAAGCAUGUUCGGACCACUAGCAAACUUCAGUGGUAUCACUGACCUACCACUUACAGUUAGUAAUGUUUUUCAAAAAGCAUUUAUUGAAGUUAACGAAGAAGGUAGUGAAGCGGCUGCCGUUACAGCCUUGGUAUUCGGUAUUACAUCCGUCGGUAUUCGACCGCAGACACCAAUAUUCGAUGCGAACCGACCCUUCCUCUAUUUAAUUCGACAUUGUGCUACGGACACACCAUUGUUCAGUGGAACAGUUUCGAGCCCUUCGGUUCUUCGAAUAACUAUUAUUCCUUGUAACGCUGCAAUCCACACCAAUAACAUGGCGGAACACGCUGGACUCAAAGCGGUAGCAGAAUCCACUGGCAAAUUUGCUAACGACUUUUUGAAGAUUGUUAGCAAUGAUGUUCACCAGAACUUAAUUAUGUCUCCGCUAAGCGCUCAAAUCGUGCUGGCAAUGGCUGCGUACGGAGCUGGAGGAAAAACUGCCACUGAAAUUCGUAAGGCUCUUUCUAUUCCUGAAAAAAAUGAACUUGGCCUGUCUGGUUAUCAAUCUCUCAUUAAAGCGUUAAGGGCUGCUAAAGGAGUUGAAUUACGCCUCGCUAAUAAAAUAUACACAGCGUUACAGUUUGAAAUAAAAUCUGCAUACAAAGAAUUGACCGCUACAAAAUUCUUUUCCGAAAGUCAGCAAGUGGAUUUUGGUAACCCACCAGCUGCGGCUGAGACUGUAAAUGCUUGGUGUGAGGAGCAAACUAACAACCGCAUUACAAAGGUGAUCACUUCAGAUAGCAUCACUAAUGAUACGAGGUUGGUGCUUGUGAAUGCAGUGUACUUCAAAGGCCAAUGGGCGAAAAAAUUCGACGCUACCUUUACUGAGGACAAGCCUUUUCACAUUGACGGAAAAACUACUAAAAUGGUGCCUACAAUGUUCCAAAAGAAUAAGUAUCGUUUUGGAGAAAUUCCAGAACUGAGCGCGCGCUUUAUUGAAAUACCUUACCAGGGUGGAGAGCUCAGCAUGCUCAUAAUUCUACCGCAUGAAAUAAAUGGAUUGAAAACUGUCCAGGACAACCUCCAUCAAGUAAAUCUAGGUCAGGUUUUGGCAGAAUCAUUUCCUACUGAUGUUGAAUUAAGCUUACCAAAGUUUAAAAUCGAAAGUACAUUAGACUUGGAAGAACAUUUGAAAAAGCUGGGAAUGGAAGAUAUGUUUGGGGAUCAAGCGGACUUUUCUGGUAUAACUGACACCCCACUUAAAGUCAGCAAGGUUGUGCAAAAAGCAUUCAUCGAAGUUAAUGAAGAAGGUAGCGAAGCAGCUGCUGUUACAGGAAUGGUGAUGAUGACCCGAUGCAUGGUAUUUUCAGCAGAAAUGAUAGUUAAUCGUCCAUUUGUUUACACGAUCGUAUCUCUGACGAGAGGUGUCGAGGGCGAAGACGAGGCCAUUGUACCAUUGUUUACUGGACAGAUAACCGAUCCAUCACUGUAGGAAAAGUUCAUCUCUAGUGGAUGCUAUACCAGAGUCAGCUUUUGUCUUUUCUAGAAUGUGACAAACCCGAGAACCUUAUCGAGGUACUGUUGGGAAUUGUAUAAAAUCUAUUAGUGUUUCAUCGUAUUUAAGAUUGAGAAAUUGAUGCACAUGUUUUUUUUUUUUAUUUCUUUUAAUAUGCAUAGGAAUAUAAUUUUAAUGUAUACAUUUUUUUUUUUAAUAAAAGUAAAAAUAAUGAUUAACAAUAUUAAUAGAAUAAUUAAAUGAUAUAAUUUCAUUGAUAAACAUAGCUAUUUUCAUUUUGUAUAACUCGAUGGAGUAUUGCACUGCUCUUAAUUAAUUCAGACAUGGCACUUUCAUCGACAAUGAUCAGUCCUCUAGAAACCAUUAUUAUCACUAUGAUUGUAAUCUGUUUCAAAACAGUUGAAAUUAUAAGGUAGAAACAACUAUCAGUUAUAGUAUCAAUAACUAAAUGUCCCAUUUGAUCCGAAAUAACGUGUACAAUACCGAAUCAAUAGCCUAUUUUGGUGCCUUGUAAAAUAUGGCAAUAAUAUUUUUCUAGGUAAUUGUUUAGAUGCUCCGCAGUAUUGCGGAGAAUGGCGCAAUGUCUUAUAAUGGUUAUUCCUAUUUAAUAUAAUAUAAACGAAAUAUGCUAUAAAAUGUAACAAAACUUUUAGCCUCAAUGACUUAACAUAUGAAAAAAUAGAUACGUGAAAAAAAUGAGAGCGCAUAAUAUGGCUUAUUGCAUAAAUACAAUAGAGGACAACUCAGUAUGUUGUACAUAAUUUAUGAUAAAAGAAAUUAAAAUUCCUUAUAAAGA